AUGAGAGGUGCAGAGAAGGCAGGCUUCCAAGCUAGCCCCUUUAUAAAUAUAGACGUGCUCACUGCUACCGCUGAAACCUGUAGGAGAGCACAACUCGGUAGCAACAUACACAACCGUGGUAGCACACAGAUGGCUCCUGUACCUGUAGGGACUCUCAGUUCAUCACUCUUCACAGUCACCGUCCUCCUCACUUUCUUGAUGUAUUUUGCCCCUGCUUCUUCACUAGAUGGCACCACACUGGGUGACAAAUCCGGUAAGGACUUCCAGACACUCCUAUGUCUCAAGAACCACCUUUCUAACAAUACCCAAGCCCUUGUCUCGUGGAACGACACCCUCCACUACUGCAGUUGGCCCGGUGUCACCUGUGGCAAGAAGCACACGUCUCGCGUCACAGCACUUGACCUUGAAUCGCUGGGCCUAAACGGCCAAAUACCACCCUGCAUUGGUAAUCUCACUUUCCUCGCAAGAAUCUACCUACAGGAUAACCUGCUGAAUGGCGCGAUCCCGCCUGAGGUAGGUCAACUGCAUCACCUUGUUGAGCUCUCCCUUCCACAUAACAAUCUUGCUGGCGCAAUACCGAACUCUUUUUCUACCUGUUCUAGCCUUCAGAUAAUUGAUCUCGGAAGCAACUCCCUCCAGGGGGAGAUACCUCUAGGUUUGACCAACUGCUCAAAUCUCACAGAUAUCUUACUCCAUAGCAACAUGCUCCAUGGAAGCAUUCCGGAUGGGAUUGGCAUGCUUCCAAAGCUUUUAAAUCUGUACGUUCCUGGCAACAAGUUGACGGGCAGUAUUCCUUACUCACUUGGAAGCAGCUCAUCACUCUACUAUGUCGUCCUGGCAAAAAACAGCCUAACUGGAGGCAUCCCACCUCUCUUAGUAAAUAGUUCAUCACUUGGAUGGCUGGACUUGGGAAGCAAUGACCUCGAUGGAGAGGUACCUCCUUCUCUCUUCAACAGCACGUCUCUUGAAAUCAUAAUUUUGGAAGGAAAUAACUUCUCUGGGUCUAUUCCCCCUUUCUCACCCAUCUCGCCAUUGCGAACUCUGUCCCUAUCCUUCAACAACCUCAAAGGAAAAAUACCUUCCUCCAUAGGGAACUCUACUUCCCUUCUUGAGCUUUUGCUUGCAGGGAAUAACUUGCAAGGAAGCAUUCCGUGGAGUUUAAGUAAAAUCUCCAACUUGCAAAAAUUAGAUCUGAGUUAUAACAACUUUACAGGAGCCGUUCCAAGCUCUCUCUACAAUAUAUCGACACUCACGGACCUUAGCAUGGGCAUUAACAGCCUAACAGGAGAAAUUCCAGAAAAUAUUGGCCACAUCCUUCCAAGAAUCCGGAGAUUCAUUGUUCAAGGAAAUAGAUUCGGAGGUCGAAUUCCCACUUCAAUGGCCAAGGCCAAAAAUCUUCAGAAAAUCAAUCUCCGUGACAAUGCAUUCCAUGGUAUUGUUCCUUAUUUUGGGUCUUUGCCCGACUUAACCGUACUAAAUCUAGGCAAAAACCAACUCGAAGCUGGAGACUGGACUUUCCUCCACUCGCUCACCACUUGUGCAAAGCUGGUACGUUUACAUUUAGAUGCAAACAACCUACAAGGUGAACUGCCAAAGUCCAUAGGCAAUCUUCCAAAAAGCUUAGAAUCUCUAUUGUUGACAGCCAAUAAAAUAUCUGGCACCAUACCGCAUGAGAUAGGGAACCUUAGUAGCCUCAGACUUCUUUACAUGGAGCACAAUUUGCUUACUGGAACCCUUCCGGACUCACUUGGAAACCUUUCAAACUUGUUCGUUCUAAGCCUAUCAGGAAACAAGAUAUCUGGCCAAAUCCCACUUUCAAUUCAUAACCUUGGUCAAUUAAGCGAGCUCUAUUUGCAGCAAAAUAAUUUGAGUGGGCCCAUCCCAGUUGCUUUAGCAGAGUGCAAUAGGUUACAGACCCUAAACCUCUCUUGCAACUCAUUUGAUGGAACAAUACCAAAAGAACUGUUCAGUAUUUCCACACUUGCUGAAGGUCUUGAUCUGUCUCACAACAAACUCUCUGGACAUAUACCUGUGGAGAUUGGCGGAUUAAUCAAUCUUUCCCCCCUAGACAUUUCCAACAACCUGCUGACUGGAGAAAUUCCCUCAACUCUGGGCGAGUGCCUCCAUUUAGAGUCCCUCCACCUGGAAGGGAAUCUACUUGAUGGGCGAAUCCCUCAAUCUUUCGCUGCAUUGAAAGGCAUCAGUGACAUGGACCUUUCUCGAAACAACUUGUCUGGUCAAGUUCCAGACAUCUUUGAGGCCUUCAGCUCCAUGUCACUUCUCAAUUUGUCAUUCAACAACCUGGAGGGACCCAUGCCAAGUGGUGGGAUCUUCCAAAAUGCAAGCAAGGUGUUCGUCCAAGGGAACAAAGAGUUGUGUGCCGUCUCGCCGCUAUUGAGAUUGCCACUUUGCCACACGGCUGCAUCUCAACAAAGACACAGAUUCCACAUUCUGAAGAUAAUAGGGUUAUCUGCUCUUGCUUUGGUCGUGUUAUCAUGUUUUGGAGUCAUUUUUUUGAAGAAGAGAAAGAAAGUCAAACAAGAAGAUCAUCCAUCCUUCGAGGAGUUAAAGAAGUUCACGUAUGCUGAUUUAGUAAAAGCAACAAAUGGUUUCUCUUUAGCCAACUUGGUUGGUUCAGGAAAGUAUGGGUCCGUAUACAAAGGUAGAAUUGAGUCUGGAGAACAUGCAGUCGCUAUCAAAGUUUUCAAACUUGAUCAGCCUGGAGCAACGAAAAGUUUCGUUGCUGAAUGUCAGGCACUCAGAAAUACUCGUCAUCGUAAUCUUGUAAGGGUGAUCACAGUAUGCUCGACAAGUGACCUGACAGGACAGGAGUUCAAAGCUCUUCUCCUUGAAUAUAUGGUUAAUGGCAACCUUGAAAGUUGGCUCCAUCCAACACUCCACGAGCAUCAUCUGAAAAGGCCCUUGUCUUUGAGUUCAAGAAUAGCAAUAGCAGUGGACAUAGCAGCUGCUUUGGAUUACCUGCAUAACCAUUGCGUGCCUCCAAUGACACACUGUGAUCUGAAGCCAAGCAAUGUCCUUCUGGAUGAUGUCAUGGGCGCAUGUGUUGGUGACUUCGGGUUGACUAAGUUCGUACACAGUUAUACUUCUUCCAGGAUUGAUGGUUCUACGAGCUUAGUGGGACCAAGAGGAUCAGUUGGAUACAUUGCACCAGAAUAUGGCUUUGGGAGCAAAAUCUCCACCGAGGGUGAUAUUUACAGCUUUGGAGUCGUCAUCUUAGAAAUGCUCACAGGGAAGCGUCCAACUGAUGAGAUGUUUAAAGAUGGCCUGAGCCUUUACAAUUUUGUGGAGAAAUCAUUUCCUGAAAAGAUUGGCGAGAUUUUAGAUCCGAGAAUCAUUCCCUAUUAUGCAGACCAAGAUGAAGAAGCGGGCAGGGCUGUAGAUCAAGAAAAUCAUCAUCAAAUGGCUGGAAUGAGCUGUAUCAUCAAGCUUGUUAAGAUUGGCCUCAUGUGCGCUGCAGAGACACCCAAAUAUCGCCCCUCAAUUCAGGACGUUUACAUUGAGGUCACCGCAAUCAAAGAAGCAUUUUCGGCACUGCAGGGUUGA